AGAGUGGAUUAAUCACGGAAGUAGUAAUCAGCUUAUGUCGACUUACAAUAUGAAACAAAAAAAUCUUUUGGCCGCUUAUUAAAUUUUGGUUAGAAAAUAUACAGUUCCGAAGUUUACAAUGCAACAAAGCGGUAAGAAUCCUGCAAACCUGCAGUACUAUCAUGGGAGAAUUCCCCGUGAGGAGGCUGAAAGAAGGUUAAGAAAUAAAAAUUUAGUUGAAGGGAUGUACCUACUACGUGCCAACAUGACUGUUAACGGAAAUUAUGUCCUAUCUAUUGUUCAUAGUGGCAGAAUACAUCAUUAUUCUCUUGAGUGCCAGGCAAAUGGCUCUAUAAUGAUUCAAGAUGGAAGGCCUUUCCCAGGACCAUACGAACUAAUUGAACAUCAUAAACAUGCCUUAGAUGGCCUUCUGACUCAUCCACGUGAACCGUGCAAUAGGGAUCCUGGGACUAGUCCUAUGGCUUGGCCUUACGUGACGAUGAGGGAUUUCGAGGUGGCGCUAAACUACGAAGCAAAUCGUACCUACAGAAAAUCGUUGGACAAAUUGUGGGGCAAGCAAAGGGAUGAUCUGGUUUAUUCAGUUUCAAAGAAAUUACAUGAACAUCAAAGGUGGUUUCAUAAAAAUAUCGAUAGGGAAGAAGCGGAAUUAAGAAUGAAAAAAAAUGGGCAUAAAAAUGGAAAAUUUUUGGUAAGAAGUAAAACCCAUAAUGGCGGCGGUUUCGCUCUGAGUUUAUCAUGUUCUGGUCACACAAAACAUUAUCGCAUUGACGAAAGGGAAGACGGAAAUUAUGGUAUAGAAGAAGGUCCUGGAUUUUCUUUUUUAAUGGAUUUGAUUGGACAUUAUUUUAAUAGGAUGGAUGGCCUUUUAUGUAAACUCACUGUACCGUGUGUUCCACCUGAUUUUCGGGCACCGUCGUACAAUAAUGGCACAAGUGCUAAUCCACUUUAUAAUCCCUAUGCACAACGAUCUGUGAGCUCUCCUUGGGACGAACCGGAAAGUCCUGAUUUUCCAGUUCAAGGUCAAAGUAAUUUACCGGCUGAGGAUCACCAGAAAAUUUAUGAUUUCGGCUUUACUGAAAACUUGCUCAGAAUAUCAAGAAAUGACUUGGAACUAACAGAAGAAUUGGGUAAAGGUUAUUUCGGAUCUGUUAUGAGAGGACGCCUUAGUUUUAACAAUAGUUUGAUACCGGUUGCCGUGAAAACAUUGAUACAGAACGAUGUCCCUAAUAGCCAAUCAGAGAUUAUGAACGAAGCUAUCUUAAUGGCAAGGCUUAAACAUAAAAAUGUUAUUAGAAUGAUUGGGAUAUGCCGUACGGAUACCUUUAUGUUGGUGCUUGAGUUAGCUCCUUUAGGACAAUUGAACAAAUACGUCAGAAGGCGACAACAGAGGAUGCCCCAACAAAAUUUGGUUGAGAUUCUCCGUCAAGUAGCAGUCGGUAUGGCGUAUCUAGGACAGCAGAAUUUUGUUCAUAGGGAUCUAGCUGCCAGAAACGUCCUACUAGUAACGGAAACCUUUGCGAAGAUAAGCGAUUUUGGAAUGUCUAAAGCAUUAGGUAUCGGAGAGAAUUAUUACAAGACGGAGAGAGCUGGGAAAUGGCCAUUAAAGUGGUAUGCACCAGAAUGCAUUUGGUAUUUUAAGUUUGAUACUAAAUCAGAUGUUUGGAGUUAUGGUGUUACCAUGUGGGAGACGUUCGAGAACGGUGAUAAGCCUUACAAAGGAAUGAGAGGUCAAGAAAUUUUAGAGUUUAUUGAUGCUGGUCAUCGUUUGAAACAGCCGAACAGAUGCCCAGAAAAGUUAUACGAACUUAUGCUACGAUGUUGGUCACAUGAAGCCGAGGAUCGGCCUAGUUUCCAAGAAAUAGUUCGCUUUUACAAAGACUAUCAAAGGAAUUCAAAUCCAUAA